AUGGCUGGUUCACCUGAUGAGAAAAACGACCAUCCGCCAGCAGAGCCUUCUGAUCGUGGAUACCGUCCCCUGAGACAUCUAGACGAAUCGCUCUUUCCAAACAAUCACGGAGAUUUCGCCUCUUCAUUUAUGCAGCCACGUGGAUCGGUCAACCGACUACACAAUCUACCUCCAGCGGCGGACCCACCCUCGUGGGAAGAUCCGGAUGAGGCUUGGCGUUAUGCAGACGGUAGGGUCUGGACUGGCGAGGCUUUCGUGGUUCCUCGUCGUGCUCAGCCAGAUACCAGGACAGACAGGGAAAAUACUCGGACUUUGGGAGGCUUCCCAGCUGCGGCAUUCUCACGAGACCACAGGCAGACCCAGGCACUAGGAGGAUCACUUGACUUGGGCGGCCUUGGCUUUAGUGGACCAGCACAAGAUCUAGGAGUCUAUCUAGAUCGUGGCGCAGACUCUUCCUCUCAGAAUCUUGUUGGCCUAUCCAGUCGCGCUUCACAAGCCUCUACUGCACCUCCUCGCGACAUGGUGAAAGACACCCCAUCUACUAACAAAAGCCAAUUCAUUUUCACCGGUUGGAAUGACGACGCGAAGCGGCAGUUGUUCAUGUGGAAGGUGAAGCGCAAAAAAGGGUACGCAUUCUUCCUGCAUCUUUUCCCUGGUGAGACCGUGGAGUCACUACACGAGGCUUUCCAGCAAUAUAGAGACGAUGGAGAGCGUCUCUACAACGGCUAA